AUGGGUAAGAAGUCGCGAUGGGGCGUCAUCCUAGACGCCGGCUCGUCUGGGACUCGGCUGCACAUCUACCAAUGGAAAGACCCCAAGAAGGCGCUCAAGAGCGCGUCGCAGGAGGAGCUGCGCAAUCUACCAAAGCUUGUGACAGAGAAGAAAUGGACCAAGAAAAUCAGGCCCGGCGUCUCGACUUUUGGUGAUAAGGUGGAGGAAGUUGGGCCAGAACACCUACAACUUCUCGUUGACCACGCGUUGGAUGUGAUACCCGCGGACAAAAUCCAAGAUACCCCCAUUUUCCUCAUGGCCACCGCCGGGAUGCGACUGCUCCCGCAAAGCCAACAGUCAGCCUUGACGCGCGAGAUCUGCUCCUAUCUGCGACAAAAUACACAGUUCUCACUACCCGACUGCGACCUCCACAUUCAAGUCAUCAAGGGCGAAACGGAAGGGCUGUACGGGUGGAUUGCGUCGAAUUACCUCUUGGGCGGGUUUGACUACCCUGACAAGCACCAACACGGCAAAGGGCACCAUACAUAUGGGUUUUUGGAUAUGGGCGGCGCCUCGGCACAAAUCGCUUUUGCACCAAAUGCAACCGAGGCCGAGAAGCACGCGGACGAUCUCAAGCUCCUCCGGUUACGUACUCUCGAUGGGCAUCCGGCUGAAUACAAGGUCUUCACCACGACCUGGUUGGGGUUUGGCGUCAACCAAGCACGAGAGUCCUACAUCAAGAGCCUCGAGGACCGGUACGCGGAGACCGAAGCCGAACUGCCCGAUCCAUGCCUACCAAAGGGGUUGCGGACAACUCUGCACGGAGAAGUGAUUAGCAAGCGGAAACCAAGAACGGCCACCCUCAUCGGUACCGGGCACUUCGACGAGUGCCUGCAAUUAACCCACCCACUCCUUGGCAAGGACAAGCCAUGCGAGGACAACCCCUGUCUGCUGAACGGCCAGCAUGUUCCGGCCAUCGACUUUGAUGUGAACCAUUUUGUUGGCGUGUCGGAAUAUUGGCAUACGACGCACGGCGUGUUUGGCGGCAAGGACGAUAAGGCGUAUGACUUUGCGACCUAUCAAGAAAGGGUGAGGGAUUUCUGCAGCCAGGAUUGGAAUCAGAUCACGGCCAAGAUAAGCGGACGGAAAAAGGACGAGGCCAAGGUCGCCCAGGAGGCGUGCUUCAAAGCAUCCUGGCUGAUCAACGUCCUCCACGAAGGCAUCGGCGUUCCCCGGGUCGGCCUCGAAAAACUUCAGACGGCAAAUGUUUCCAAGGGGGCUCUCGAGCACGCCAAGGAGAAGGGAUUCAUCGACCCAUUCCAGCCAGUUGACAAAAUCAACGGUAUUGAAGUAAGCUGGACGCUGGGGAAGAUGGUCCUCUACGCAGCCGGGCAAGUACCGCCAGCCACCGGCGACGACAGGUAUCCCGUGGGAUUUGGCAGUAACGUCGUGGGAACCCCUCAGGACUUCCAGUUUGCCGGGUCCAGCUGGAAAUCCAUGGGCAACCAGACAAACGACGACGACGACUGGGACCUUGACACCGAAGACAUCCUCGACAAGGCCAAAUCCAAAUCCAUAACCGGCUUCUUCGCCUUCGUCGCGCUCCUCCUCCUCCUCCUAUAUUUCUUCCGCAAGCGUGACUGGCGGAUGCGCUUCUACAGCCGCGUGAACUCGAUCCUACGCCGGCCCCGCAGGCCCGGGGCUAAUGGGCGCAAGGGCAGUGCCGGGGCGCGGGGUUUAUCUGGACUUGCGACCAAAAUCUUUGGGGGUUCGCGGCGGCCAUCUGGUGGUGUGACGUACGAGCGCGUCAUGGAGGAGGGCGAUGCCAGCCAGUUUGAGCUGGGCGACGUCGAAUCGGAUGACACCAACGAGUACUCGGACUCGAGCGAUGCGCUGUCGAGCUCCAAAUCGGCGGCCUCGUCGAGGCGGUUUGGCCUGUCGUCCGGGUUGGCUACCCCGCAGGUUGUCGACCAUCACCAUCACCACCAUUAUCACCACGGUCUGGCAUCGCCGACCGUGUCGGCGCUGGAUCGCAGCGGGCUAGUCGUGCGGACCGAGAGCCGCGAGCGGUUGACGCUGCCGCCGCAUUUGGCGUUGUCUGGAGUCGGCAGGCGGAGUAGAGCGGGGAGCCCAACUAGGAUGAAGAGCCCUUUGAUUUCACCGCUGCAGGAGACGUAG